AUGUUGGCUGACGGCGAAAGAGCAUACGCGGCUCCCGCGUCGCUCAAGCUGCUGAAAUACGCGUUCAUGCUGAUGUUGUUGCUACGAGUGCUCAAUUUGGACGACGAGCUGGAGAUAACAAAGCUGUCGGGUUUGAAGCAAUCCUUGAAGGGUUCAGAGGCCCAGGAGAUUCUUCCACAGAUCACGGUGCCGCCCACCUUGUGGCUCGAGGACCACGUGGCCUUGACGGAGCUGAAAAUCAAAGUGGCCUUGUUGAAGGAGAUAAACGGCAUGCUCUACAAGAACGUCCAGACCUUGCAGCUGGACGAGAUCUUUUUGUUGGACGACACGACGCUCUUGUACUACGAGAAGCUUCUUAACGCGUACGACUUCCUCAAGUUCAACCGGACGGUGCCUCUGUUCGAGGCGUUUCGUGAAGACGACGAGUACGAGGACUACGACGAUGUUUCCAUGUAUCCGGAGAUGCUGCGGCGUACUUCGGCCUCAGACCUCGCCCGCCCGGGCUCCUCCGCCAGACUGGUGAGCUCUGGAAGCUACAAGUCUCGCAUGUCCACGCUCUCGAGAGAUUUCCGGAAACUCUCGUUUUUGGGGCUCAAUGGACACGAGGAGAAGGAGGAACAGCCGCCCCUGCCCAUUCUGCCCAUGUCGGCACCUCAACGGUCUUUUCUGAGCUCUGCGGCGCUGCCACACCCUCAUAGAGACCAGUUCAACACGCUUUUGCUGAAGCUGAAGUUCUACAACAAGUUGCGCCGGCGAGAUUCGGGGGCUUCGUACUCGAGCGCUCUUUCAACGCCGACGAGCAUGACAAGCAAUACGUCGAACUCGUCAAUCAGACGCAAGUCGUCGCAAGCCUUCCCGGAUAAGCCACCCAAGGAACGACUCUCAGAAGCGCAGAAACAAGAGAACCAGCGCAGCAAGCUAGAAUACUACGUCCAGGUACGGGAGCUUGCCGAAAAUACCCAGGUGCUAGUGAACUAUCUCGGCAAACCGGGCUCCCGAGCCUCGCUUGUGCGUCUCAUGGACUUUGUCAAGAAUAAUGUCUUUCGGUUGGUGCUCAUCGACAUCUCCGCCAUGAUCGUCGACUACGCCCACCUCAAGGCCUGCCGGGUUAUUUAG